GCAUCGCCCAACUGAGUCGCAACUGCGACGGGAUCUGCCUUAUUUAACGCCAGUCGAGAUGGAGGCGGUCGCCGCUCUGUCUUUUACCUGCAACAUCCUUCAGCUCGUCAGCACCGGCCUCAAGGUGACGACAGCGCUGAAGCAGAUCCGCGACGAGCACAAGCCGGACGCCAGCAUAAAGACAAAUGCGAGUACACUCCGAGAGCUCUCCAGCAAACUCGAGGCGUCGAUACAGAACCAGAAUACGAAUGGUGGGGUUGGCAAUCGAGAUCUUCUGGAACGCGCCCAAGAUGUUGUCAAAACAUCGCACAGGCUAGAAAAGAUCUUUCAAAGGUACUCGGAUAGCCAAAAGGGCAAUGCAGUCGCGAAUUUCUUCAAUUUCGCCAUCCUCGACAAGAACCGCAUUCAAGGGGCGGAAAAGCGGCUGCAUGAGGCCCAACAAGCCUUGCAGAGCACGAUCCUCGUCGAACUACGAGACACCCUGGACACAGAAUGGGCUGCCAUCAGCCCUGUCCUGUCAUCUCUCGACUCUAGCCUGCAACCUCUAGUGCGAGAGCUUCACGACGGGAACAUGCAUGUAGCCAACCUUACGAGGCACAUCGACGAGUCACUGAGUCGACAUCUGGCGGCAAUCAAAAUUGACACAGCCGGGGCCAUAAAGGCAACAACGGAAGUUCGUGAGACAUUAGAGCAGCACACCAGACGAGUCACGGUAAUUCAUCAAUCUCAGGAACAAAAAGAUGCGACAAGACGGCUGCUGCGCAGUCUCACUUUCCCAUCCAUGAACGCUCGACGAAACAUGAGCGCACUCGAACAUGCCAAGGGAACAUUCGAUUGGGUGUUUGAGCGGGACAAACGGUGCUGCAAUCACGAGCAUGAGCGGCUAAGUGCUAGCCACAGCAUUCAACGCCACGAGGCAUUCGGUGCCUUGCACCUGUGGCUACUGGACACUCAGCAACGCGUGUUCUGGAUCAAUGGACAUGCAGGGACGGGCAAAAGCACACUCAUCCAUUAUUUGACGGAUGCACUGCGCUGCGAUUCACUUCCAGACGCCCUGAAAACCGACCUGGGCAAUCUAAUAGCACUCUCCGUCUUCAUCUGGGCUUCUGGAGACGAAAUGCAGAGGUCAAUCAAGGGCUUGCUAUGCUCUCUAUUGCAUCAGCUCCUGAAAUUGGAUAGCAUGCUGGCAAAUGCAACAACGUGGACGGAAGCUUCGUGGUGGGAAAAGGAGAGUUUGGCAGACUGGAGCGAGCCGGAGCUUGAUCUAGCUCUUCAGGCUGCUCUCAGAAGACAGCGCGAUAUUGAUCCAAGCAAGACUGUUCUUCUCUUUGUGGACGGCCUCGACGAAAUCUCGCAGGAAGAUGACAGCUCUAGCCGACUCGUGUGCCUGAUCGACUCCCUACAACGACACAGCAACACCAAGCUCUGCGUCUCCUCCCGUCCUGAGCCUAUCUUUGAGAGGUCAUUACAGCGUUAUCCGCAUCUGCGGCUCCAAGAUCUCACCUACCAUGACAUUGUCCACUACCUGAGGCAAGAGUUGGAAGAGCCAUUACGGACUUCGCAGACUUCCAAGAGCCCUUGGAACAACGUCUACAUGGUCAUCUGGGAAGUUGCCCGACGUGCGGAAGGGGUGUUCUUAUGGGUCCAGCUGGUCACACGGAGUCUCAAAGAAGGCAUUACAAAUGGUGACACUUGGGACUUGCUUUGGGCCAGAAUAGAGAAGACCCCCGCGAAACUCGACUCAUUGUACAAGUCGAUGCUGCAACGAAGGGAUGCGCAGGCUGAUGUAUAUGAUGCCUCUGCCGCAAUUUUCUUUACGUUGAUUCUCGAUGGGGCCCGUGCCGACAUGAACAGGCUCGAUUUUAUCACGUUAUAUGUGCGGCACGAUUUGCGCAUAGCCCUACAGAACACCAAAGGGAACUGGGCUGAGUAUCAAGAUAUCUCGGUGCGCAAAGCUAUGGAAGAUGUGCGAGUUCGGAUCCGUGCCCAGUGCGCCGGGCUGCUAGUGGUCAACCCUGGAAGCGAAGAUGGAGAUCAUGAUUCUAUGCGAGUUGGCUUCAUCCAUCGCACAGCAAAGGACUUUUUGACAGACCAACGCCGGAAGCUCUGGCAGCAUGUGGCCUUGGAAUGGCGGACUUGCGUCGACGUAAGGUAUCUCCUCGCAAGGGAUACCCGGACCAUCGAUGAUGCGGACAUUUGGUCUGAUCGUUACGAAUGGGACACAACGUUGCUGUGGCAGGUCUUAAAUGACAUCCACAAGACCAACUAUUUCUGGCUCGACAUCCACGAUGAGAUCAUGGACUACCUGGCGGAUACCAUGCGCAAGAACUUGUAUUGGCACUGCGACAAACGCAAUCCAGUUGUAGUGGCGGUGCACAAAGGCUGCAGGACCCCGGAUCACUGGCUCGCCACAUGGAAGCCUUCAGAAAUCUCCAAGGAAGAUUUUCUCAACCAGCUGUUACUUUGUGCAGCAGAUGAGUUAAAGUGGCAUUCAGGCAUGGACGACCACGGAGGUGCCUUCCUAUGGCUUCUCAAGCAUGGCGCCAAUCCAUACUGGCAGGACCGUCAAAAUUUCGACACUUUCGGGCAAACGGCGAUGCGGGUCCUCUGCGAUAUGCUGAAGUACAAAGGCUCCCACCUCGACGAGGAGAUCGUUACAUUUAUGUACUGGCUGGCCGAGUGCGGUUUUCCCGAGGACACGAGAGUUAAGCGGUGGUUUUCGAGAUUCGCCGAGGACGAAGAAUAGGAUAUCGAAGGAUGACAGGUCGGGCUCCUGCCACAUAAGGACGCUCCCUUCUUUGUGGGCGCCCCAGCUAGAGGGGGUAUUCUCAUGCACAUGGAGGCGUAAUGAACAUGGCAACCAACUUGAAUAAUCGCGCAUUUGUCGAUUCUGUCAUACCGCUCGAGAUCGUGAGCGUCACGCAUUCUCAGCCGUUGCAUUAUGCUUAGCCACUACUCAUCAUAGCGAUGCACGACGUGGCAAACUCAUAGAACGUUCAGAGCUCACUGCUCGUAGACUGGCUGGAAUGGCAGCUCUGCCAGGGAAAUGGAAACUAGCCAUGCCACCUUGCAGACUCUGUUUCUAAAGAGCUUUCCGAGCGCUGUGUUUUCCUUUCGAGCAUACGUCUCUAGCAUAACGACG